AUGGCUUCGAUUCCGGAAUGGGUUGCCUCUGUGAACAAAGCGAGGAGUCUGGGAAACGACUCGGAUUCUGAUGAGGUAAGUGAUAAGGGGCAUCUUGCUGGAUGUCUUUCAAGGGAUCAGAGUUUUAUCUUUCUAUUUUCAGUCCAUCGAUUCCUUCGAACGUAUCGAAGUGGAGGUCGAAGUUCAUUAUUCUGAGCACUCAGAUGAACCUGAUUUUAAUCAAACAUCGAGAGAUAAGGCCUCUGCUGAACCAGAUGACGACUCUCAGUCCGUACAUACGGCAAUCGAACCAGAAUGGGAUAUUGAAGUGAAAACGAGAAUUUGGAGUUGGUUCGAAUUUCUCAGGAGGACCUCGGACAAUGACGAAGCUCGAUGCGUAAGUGUAUAAUUUGGACCUUUUGCAAUCGGUUCUAUUUACAUUUAAAGGGUUUACUGCAUUUUGUUAACCAUUGCCGUAUAUUUUAAAAAUCGAAAUAUAGUCAGAAUAUGUUGUAAAAUACUUUUAUGGAUAUGGAUUUGAGGUUUUUAAAUAUAAAAUCGUUACAGGAACGAAAUCAACUUGAACCCUGUGUCGCUCAAAGAAAAGAUGAUCCCAUACAAAAAGAGGACGCUGCUCCUAGAGUCUUGCCAUCCGACGACGAAGUCAAGGAGAAGAUCUGGAGUUGGUUCAAUUUUUUGAAAAGGACAUUAAAAAAGGACAAAGCCGAAAAUGUAAGUCCAAAAUUACAGAAAACCGUAUGUAUGUGAGGCUAUUUUUGGAGUUGAAAAUUUUUUGAAAAUUAUCAUUUUAUAGAACCGAUUUUUGCCUCUCCUUCAAAUUGUAGGCCGUCAAAUAAAUAAUAUUUUUUCAGACAGAAUGCUCGGAAUGCAAGGAAGUUGAGAUUAAGGAACCCGAUGAAAAUGAAGCACAAAACGGUCAGAAAAGUCAUGUGGUCGUCUUUGAAGACGACGAUGAAGAAAUCUUUUUCUACAUGGAAACCAAAAGAUCUUCUCCAAGGCAGUGGAAAAGAGACGCGAUUUUGGAGACGAUGAAGAAGAUUAUGGCCCAAAUUGACACUUUUACAAUGCGAACAGUCGCUGACGACGGAGUGGGAGUCCUUUUGGAAGGCUGUAAUUGCGAAAAUCAUGAGAUUUGUGAGCAUUAUGAAUAUUCCGAGGACUCUGAUGACUCGGAUUCAGACUCUGGGGAUUCAGGGGAUCGUGACAUUGGAAUUCAAAGGAAUUCGGAGCGUGUUAUCAACAUAAAAUACGACUCCGAUUCUUCUGAAUCUUCAGCAGAAAGCGAAUCUGAUUCAGAGGAUUCUGAAGAUUCGAACGACGCCUACAAUUCCGAUUCGGAACGUUCCAUGAAACCCGAUUCUAUAGACAGUGCCAUUUUUAAAGACGAUGAGGAAAGUUCUGAGCAAGGUGAACUUAAAGAUUACAAUGCUUCUAAUGUAAGUUUGAAACGAGCGUAUUCUUUUAUUUCUAGGCCCUUUUGGUUUCGUUUAUCUUGGCUGGAAUGAUGGGAUGUUACGGUGCUUAUAAAAUCAUGGGUGAACAAAGUAAGUUGGUGAUAUUAGUUUUCAAAUGAAAGAUUUUGAGAGAUUAAAAGUGCGGAGUAGAGACUGCCUUAAUUUUGAUGAGAAAUGGUAGAAAGGUAGAAUAAGAUUUUCUAAAGAAAUUAGAGAUAGUCAGCCCUGGUAAAACCGACGUAAUUCUCGGGCAUUCCAAGUUUAAUAUCAACGGAAUUUUUUAUUUUAAAAUUUGCAACCUUACAAUGAAGGUUUGGCUAUUCUGCAAAGCGCAAAUUCAACUUUUUAGAGAAUGACCAGCGCCGGAGAUAAGACGAUUCUGAAAGAUUCCGCGAAAAUUAGGAUCACGAUGAUCGUCAUCGGAAAAUUUACGAAAUUAUAGGAAAUAGAACGACAUUAGUAAUAUUUUUUCAGAAGAAAACGAUGCCCACAACACCAAGGGAUUAAUGACGCAAGUUCAGCGAUUGGAAAGGGAAAACAAAAUUAUUUUGGAGAGAAUAAAGGAAUUGGAGGAAAGCCAAGCCAAAAUUGGAAAAGCACAAACAGAGGAAGAAAACACCAAAGAAACUACCGAAACAUUUGGCAGAUCCGAAAGUUCCGUCAACGACAUCCAAUUUCAUGAAACUUAA